UGAAUUGUGGGUUGGGUGGGUUGGGACUUAUCAAUAGUGUAGAAUAUGGACUGAUCAAUCAUUAUCGUCACAUUGGACAAAUAUCAGCAAUCGAAAAGAAUGAGGGAGUUUCCUCCCCGAGUUAUUUCGAGCCGAAUUAUCGUGUAUAACGUAUUAACGUCCCUUCACAAAGAAGAUGGUGUCGUCACAAAGAGAAGAAGAAUAUCAUCAUAAUCAUGUUGAUACAACAAAGACAAUAAUAGUUUGGAGUGGACAUAAUGACACUUAAGUAGUUAAGAAGAUAACAUUUUGAAGGAAAGACGACAAAAAGUAUUAUAAAACUAAGAGUGUAGUUGUUUUAUUAGUGUGGAAGGUAAGGUUUUAAUUGUUGUGAGAGACAAAUAUAUUCUGCCCCUGGAUGGAAAGAAGUAUGAAUAUAAUGCGGAAACUUUGGGUGAGUGGGGGUGGCGGGGGUAGUGGUUCCGGCCCAAACUCCAGCAAUUCGCCCAACGGGGGUCAAAGUAUUUCCUUGGGAUUGAUGCAUUUGAGGAAACUGUUUGGCGAAUGGGUGCAUUCACCUUCGGACGACAAGAUUUACAACAUGCUACCACUAUUUUGCAAGGUAUUCAGCACUGCAGCAGCAUCGGAAAUGGCGGAACGUUUCCCAGAAAUCAAUACAUUUUGUUUGGCCGUGUCGAAACUGAUCGUGUCAGAAGUGAGGCGACGUGCCGCUAACGAAUCGACGGAAGCAGCUGCUGUUGCGAUCGCCAAAUUUUUAGAAGCGUCGCACCAAGCGGAGGAAGACUCACGGGGAUGGACCCUCCUCUCCACGCUGAACUUGCUCUCGGCAGGGGAACAGGGUUUGGUGGAUACGAUGACGGGAGCCUCGGUCCCGUCCACCCUGGUGAAAUGCUUAUACCUAUUUUUCGACUUGCCGGAAGUUCAACCCCCCGAAACGAAGGGACCUGCUUCCGAUUUUUCCCCAAUGGAGAGACGUCUCCUCCUACAAAAGAUUUUUGUCCAACUUCUCAUCCGCCUCAGUUCCCAUCCUGCGCCGGCAGAAGAGUUGGCUAAAAAGGAUGACUUGGUUCUUCUCUUUUCUGCUGUGACGUCCACCUGCCCACCGCAGAAUGCAAUGUGGAGGAAAUCAGCAGCGGAGGUGUUGAUGACCAUAUCUACGCACGGAUUAACUCCUCCCGUUCUGUCAUACAUUCACAAUAAGGGGUGUAUCUCACUUUGCAUUGAGAAUCUCAGACGAGGAUCGGUCCUUACGCCAUUGGAAGUCACGGAAAUGGUUCUCACAGUGUUCUGCUUUCUCAAAGACUCUGCAGAUUGUUCACAAGUUUUGCUUGAUGAUUUCAAAUCUUGUCAAGGAUAUCAGUUUUUGACAGAAGUACUUUUAAGGUUGGAAUCUGAUGCAUCGGGUGAGAGUCAAGAAGCAAUUCGGAAUUUGGUCCUUGUCGUUGCAUCGCUCACAAUGUGCGGAACGACAGCAUUGAAGCCAAAUACUGCCAAUUUUAAUUCACCAUUUUCUCUACCAACAUUCCAACUUCCUCCGCUCGGUGCAAAGGGAAGCACAGUCAGAAACUUGCCCGCAUUCCAAGUCCUACAGUCAGUCUUCUCUCGCUGCACGACACAAUUCCUCUCCUCUGUGGCGUUGGAAUCGAUCUCAACCGUUUUUAAGGCGGACAACUCCAACUAUUUCAUCGUCGACUCAGCCCUCCCCCAAAUGGCAGAGAAACUCAUACACAAGCCACCCGAUGUGCAACAAAAGUAUCUCGAACUGGUGGAAUUUGUCGUUUUUCAGCUACAAUUCACUCCUUGCAAGGAACUUAUCGCGAUCUCACGCAUCUUGAAGAACGACAUUAGCGAGAAUUAUUUGUUGGACAAUUUUGGAAAUAAUGCCUCGGAUAGGAACUCGGCCAGUACUAGAAAGCAAAGUCUUAGUCUUGGGAUAAAUCCUGUUUCCGAUAUCGAACAUGAAGUCCGGCUCAAGUUGAAAUGUGUCAAAAUUUUGUUGAAUUUGACAAAGCAUAACAUCUUAUUCAAAGACGUUUUUCGCGAGGUGGGCAUCCUUGAAGUGAUGAUUACAUGUCUGCAUCGGUUCGGGAGCGAUGUGGAGGCGCCGGAUCAUAGAAAGGAUCCCAAUUUUCACCUGAAGCAAGAGUUGGGUCUAGUCGUUAUCGAAUUACUAACUCUUGUCCUGUCAGGGAACAAUUCAAAUGUAACAAUAUUUCGAGAAAAUAAUGGAUCGAGAUGCACCGUGCAGUUGAUCAAGUGUUCAACUUCUAUUCGACCGUAUACUUUGGGACUGAUGCAACAACUCCUUAUGAGCCAAGGCGGGGAAGAAGACAUGUCCACCGUCCUUGUCCUCCUCCACUCUUCCGACUGCGUGACGGAACUCGAAUUGAAAAUUGAAAUCCUCAGCGCCCUCCUCUCCUGCUUUAGGGAAAGUCACCGAGCUCGAACCAAUUUCAGAAAAGCGGGCGGUUUCCUCUAUUUAAUGAGUGUCCUUGUUUCGAUGGAGGGUCAACUAGCGCCAGGGACCUCCUCAGUUACAGCGACAAGUACCCAAAUCCGCGAGAAGAUGCACACAAUUCAGUUAAUAUUCACUUGCUUUGCACUCGCGAUGCGAUUUGAGCCAGCCAAUGCAAAACUAUUUCAUCAAGAAAUCUGUCUUCCAAGCUUGGCCGACACGCUUCGUCUCUUGGGAUGCUUUUCCAGAGAAAAUCAGACAAUCCAAGGUGGAGGUGGACUGCUCCUCCCACCACCACAACCACCCACUUCUUCCUCGUCCAAUAAUUCUUCACCCACUUUGACGAACAGUAUUACUAAUAACGAAUCUCAGUCACAACAACAAGCUUUCAACAACGUACAAUUAUUAUCUCAACCAGGAGGGGAUCAGGACAAGCUGCAUGUUUUUCACACAAUUUUCACCACGUGUCCUGGAAGUGUGGACCCGUUAACGUUUCAGGAUAAGGUUCCCCUAAUAUUGGUCUUUGCCGUAUUCGUGUUUCGACUUUUGUACGAUUUAGCGACGGAUAAUUAUGAAAGGAAUCCGUUGCCUGCGUCGUUAGGCGGAGCAUUCCGAUCUCCUCGCAAACAGAUCUCUGGCGACGAUGGGGGAACAUCCACCGCGGAAAACUCGACCCCCACCAGUCCCGCACCGGGUUUGGGACUAAUUCCCGUCAAAAAGAGUGCAAUCGGGAGUCUCAACUUUUGUCCCCCAACUCCGGAACCCGUCGUGAUUCAUUCCGCCGUUGUAAUCGUCAUGAUUAAACUGAUCCCGUCAGUAUUCAUUGGGGACUCUUCUUCUACGUCAAAUUCAACAGGAAUGCAAACAAUGUGCCAAUUAUUUUGUGCUGAACUGGUUAAAAGUCUCGUAAGAAGUGAGAAGAAUCAGCAGGUCAUGUCCCAGGCGGGGCUAACGGAAGAUAUUCUCGAACACUGCUCCGUCGCAUUGAGUGACGAACAACAUCCUCUUCAUCAACCAAUCCAUUAUGCUUUCGAGAGAGUGGCAACACAUUGUUUGUCUUCGAAAGAUUUGAGACGAUUCAUGCGGCUCGGAAACCCAUUAAAUUGCGAACGAAAUUACCUCCCUCCUGUGACAACGUUAUCAUCAAGUCUGACCUACGGACCGGUACCACUCUCUCGAGUCAAGUCCCUCGUCUCGAUGACCACUCCCAAGUCGUCCAACUCCUCCAACAUGUCUCAGUCAUCUACACAAUCCUCCUUCUACUCCAACUCGACGACGCCGUUCCCAUCCUUCAUCGAGUUUGACAUGUCUGCGGAAGGAUUUGGAUGUCUAUUUCUACCUUCAAUUGCUCCCAGUGGACUGCAAGCGACGCCCGACUUUAGUUCGGCUACUCUCCUGGCGACAGGAAUGGGUAUGGGAGAACGAGGGUUUCCUGGUACUACCGGGAUGGGAUAUUCUACUUGGUUCUGCGUCGACAAAUUUAGCGACCCACGCGCAGAUCCACAUCCCAUCAGAAUUCUGACCGUAGUCAAAGAAGUGAAUGGAACUCAGAGGCUAACUUUGUGCAUAACGGUGUCCGCCAGAGAUAAGGCGCUGCUCGUAUCCACGCGAGAAACACAACUUCCUCCACAAGGAAUUGGUGAAUGGGAACCCGAUGUCAGUCCACCUCACUCGGUUCGUGUCUGGUGUCCUGAUCUGAUCCAUGAGAACCAGUGGUGUCACUUGUUCUUUACUUUCUCCCCCUCGUCAAACCACCCAUUCACGAUUUAUAUUAAUGGACGCUCUACCCACUCAUGCAAACUCGACUAUCCUCACCGCACAAAAGGAGCGAGCUAUAGUGCUUUCAUUGGAACGCCACCCGCUUGGAGGAAACUGUCGCGGUUGACGUGGCGUCAAGGUGUCUGCCACUUGUUUGAGGAUUGGGUUCCAAAUUCGCAAACUGUUCACACGAUUUGGAAACUGGGACCUGAAUAUCCUGGCAGUUGGCAGGCUGUCAAGUUGCAGUCAGACAAUCACAGCACACUUGUUGCCGAAGACAAAAUAAUGUUUGGACUCAAUGCCCUCGCCGUGUCGCAAUUGACGUUGGCGAAAAUUAGAAAACUAUAUUCCAAGACGGAUGCCAAAGCUAUUGCGAAACAGCUUGGGUUAUCUUCGCACGAAAAUGCGACCCCAAUUUCCAUCCUGCACAACUCUGCGGUUCAUUUAAUGGGACCUAGUCGCUGCUUGGGCGGAGUGGUGAUUGGUUACCUGGGGGUCAGAAUAUUUCAUCCUGAACCCGUCGCAAAGGGGGUGCUCUCCGUUGGAGGGAUUCCGAUUCUGAUUGGUCUCGUCGCAAUGGCCACGACAGGAGAAUCUCUCUACGCUGCCCUUAAGGCGCUCGUCUGCGUUGUGAAGAGCAACAGCGUGAACGGGUUGACAAGUGCGAAUCUACUUGAUCGAGGCUCAUCCCAAAUGUUGGGGUACUUGCUGAAGAAGAAGAAAAGUUUGCUGUCUAUGCGGGUGCUGCAUCUAGUCUUUGGUCUCGUAUCGACCGAGUGUGGCUCAAUCAAGGAAAAUGGGGGAGGCGGAGGAUUUAAUGACUUGCUCGGUGAUUUGGACAUCUGGUGUGGAAACAACGUCUACUUCAGCCACCCAUCCCCAUGUUCGGACUCGACCCAAGUAAAAUCCGACCAAGAAUCUGUGGCUUCAACCCCUUGCGAUUUCUUGGGGGCGUCUAAUAUCAAACCCACCGUGACGCUUGGAGCACCAGACUCAUCAUCAUCCCAACAACAACCUCAAACUCAUUUCGACUUUAGUCAUGCCGACCUGGAGAAAGCCCUGUACGAACACUUUCUCCAAAUGUUGGCCGAAGAUAGCAAAAAUUCUCUCGAAAUUCUUCGCGAUGCAACCAUCGUACCAAAACUGUUACGACGACUGUCACAAUCGUCACCCAACCAGCAAUCCAUCUUCCUCCUAUUGAGCCAUCUCCUCGCCCAAAAUAAAGGCGUCUACUGCUCCCAAGAUUUAAUCACUUUUGGUCACUUUGUCGUUGGAGCGUUGCCCGUUGUCAGCGUUGUUUCAAGCAGUCGGGAGCGGGAAGCAAGUAUCACGGAGACGAUCGAACUCAGAAAUAAGUGUUUGCAGUUAAUCCAUUCCUUAAUGUACACGGGGAAAGUGCUGAAUAUCGGAUUUUGUGAAGAGCUCGUGACACGUUUAGGGUUCGACUUUGUCCUCCUCUUUGCCGCGCCGCAUCUCCAUCCUUCAACGAUACUGUGGUCUUUGAGAAUUCUUCUCUUAUUGUUGACGAGCAGCCCUGCAUUGAAGAGCAAAUUUCGGGACGGAGCAUCGAGCGCGUUUUGUUUCGGGAGGACGAUCACGUACCAUUCUGUAUCUGGACAGCGGGGGGCAAUACUGCCGUUGAAGAAGCAAGAUUCCAAGUUGGGGAUUGGGGAUGAUGAUUCGCCAGGGGGAUCUUCUCCGGUGUCGUCAGCUGGCGCAACUGUGGCAAGUAUCGCGUCCGGUCUGACAGGAAAGGGAUCUGCGGGACGACAAGUUGCUGGUGGGUGGGGGAGACUGAGUUGGUUGCUGGGCCAAAGGUGUGAAGACGUCAAAACAGAAGGCAACGAUAUCCUCCCGACGGAAGUGUGGCUCAUUAUGUGCGCCAUGACGCUGAGUCAACCUCUGAGGAAUGUCAAUAUGAAAGUUGGAGAGGGAGAUCCGAUGACGCUGGACGCAAUUUGGCACUACGUGUUCGCCCUACCGUCGAGUAAAAUGACGUCGUCACUCUACGGAAAAGUCAACAUCUGUCCGGAUGCAAUAAUUACAUUGUUGAAUCUUGUCCGCUGUUUUAUCACUGCGGAAUCUUCUACAUAUUCAGCAAAUUCGAUGAGUGGGAGUUCACCUUACAUUGCAAUGUCACCAACUGGACAAGGGCAAGGAUUCAACUAUCAGUCUGACGUGGGUUCUUGUAUUAUUCAAUUCCUAUGUUACUUGUACUCCCACACUCCUGAGUUUCAAAGUGUUUUCACCUCGGCCGAAAUCCUCUCCGCCCUCGCAGCAACCGUCAUGCCCAUCGAGGUCAAACAAUUCGACACUAUAGGACCUGCGGAUCUCUAUGAUUGCGAGGAAGUCAAAACGUUUGCCGAUUCUGAACCCUUGGUCGUGCUGGGACAGAAAAUUGAUCGGCUGAAUUCCGCAUUCGAUAAUGACGACGAUAUUAUAACAGGGACAGAAAUGACGGAUUCUGGAAUUUUGGACGAACAUGCGAAUCCUGUUGUCUCAAAGGAACCCAAACUUGGUGAAGUUGUACACGAUUUUCCCCACGAUUUGGCCAGCGCUGCCUCUAAUUUGGACAAUGUUAUGAGCCAUCCAGCCAAAAAGAUUAUUCUUGACGUCCUUCGCAUGAUCAUAAUUGAUUGGAUGUCCGCCUCAGGGAAUCAAACUCAGUCAAAGUCACCCAUGAAUAUGAACCUCCUCAUUGAUACUGUCCUCGACGCGGGGAACAACGAAGCCGAGCUGAGUCUUGGGUUGGGAGGCAAUUCUCCAAGUGGGAAUUGUCCUGCAUUGAUAAACACUGGAGUGGAUAAGACCACCACACUGGCCCAGUUUCACACUUCUCUCCUCGGAACGUUACUUGACCACUUGAUAGCUGGUCAUGCCUUAGCUUUCGAUUUGGACAGGAUGACUACUUAUUUGCACUCGGUGGCGCUUUUUCUGUCGAGAUUGGUGGAUAAAUUGUGGUUGGAGAGUUUUUCGAGAGAUCCACAAGUCGUGUUGGACUAUUUACUGGUGCUCAUUAACCACUGCAGAAGUAAACGAACUCCACCCGCAACGACCGAUUUGAUUUUUAAUUCCUUCAACCGCGUCGUCUUAUUCGUCCUCUCUCGACGUGCCAAUCAAUGGGACAAAGUAGAAACACUAAAAAAGCUGAGAACGAUCCGCACAGUAAUUUUUGGGGCUGGAAACCACCAACAAGAAUUUUUCGGCUGUCUCACUCAUGUCCUCAUGCAACUCAUCGACGGUCUUCCAAUUGCUCUUGAGAGUGCCAACAAAACCCAGUGGCACGUCCGAGUCACACCCCGUCCGGGAGAGGAAAUUCAUGAAAAUGCUGACAUCGAAAGUCGACGAGAACAAAGGGAAGCGGCCCGGCUAGAUUCGGAGAUUUCCACCACGGCAGAAAAAGUUUGGGAGGAUUUGUUCAUCAGCAAAAAGCCUAUGGUGGAAGACACGUUCAAAAUUAGCUUCUCGUCCCCCAAACCUCCUUCCCUAUCGUCUCUGCGGGAUCAAAUUGGCGACUCGGCAAACAAAUUGUGGCUCACAUACGUAGCGUCGGAGACAAAUCCGGGGAGUAAAAAACAUAAGGAUUCCGCAGCAGUGUCACAAUCGUGGGAAAUCCAUCAACAACUUCAGUCCAAGUUGCAGAAGGUUACAGGGGGUUUGACCCGACUGGCAGGAAGGUCGGGAAUCAGAAAGGAUUCGGAAAAAGAGAAAACGACACGAGAACUUGUCACACAGUGGCCAGAAUCGAGAAAAGCACAAAAUGUGGGGAUCCGUCAAACUCUUCUCGUAAAAGAGAUUUUAGAAUCACAAGAGAAAUUCUACGGAGAAAACAUCCGGCAUUUGAAUCGAUUCGUGAGAGACACGCUACUUCCAGAGUUGGAGGUUGAGUUAACUCGUGAGCGAGGUCUUUGGGGACCAUUUAGUCCAUCACAUUUGGAUAAAUGGAUGAUGGAUACAACGGAGGGUCCCUGUCGUAUGAGGAAGAAGAUGAUUCGCAACGAAAUGUUCUACAUUCACUAUCCCUUCACUGGCGAUUUGCAAAAUACAUCAACCUCUUCGAUCGGAUCGGCAACCUCAUCUCCGAAAAUAAAGCGGAUAAAUCCUCCAAUUAGUAAAGACUCGAGAGAAUUUUAUAAGCGAUUCAGACAUCAGAUUUCUCUCGUUAGUGAGACAAUUAGCGGGUGUACUACUAGCAGUAUUUUAUCGACAUCCUCGGUGGAUGAAAGUGACGAUGGGAUGACUUUGACGAAUCUGUCGACCUCAAGCGAUCCCACUUUGUCACCGAAGAGUCAACUGGCAUCUGCCUCAGACGAUCCAUUCUCCGACUGUUACGUAGAAGCUGCUUCGACUGAUAAUCAAUUUAUGCUGUCACGCCUGAUUGGUUCGACGAAUGAAAAAAUCUCUCAAAUUUUCCGUGUCGCUCAAAUUCAAGGAUUGGAUACGGCCGAGGGACUCUUACUUUUCGGAAAAGACGAUUUUUAUCUCGUCUCUGGAUUUACGAUAUUGAAAACGAGAGAAAUCAAAGAUUUGUACUACCUUCCACCAAACGCUUACGAACCCAUAUUACCCCCACAAUGUUACGGCGGAAGUGGACCUUCUCCCGCUAAACCAAGGACGAAGACGCACACCUGCCUGAAAUUCAGAUAUGAGGAUAUUCGCGAAGUUCAUAAACGCCGGUACUUGUUGCAACCGAUAGCGCUGGAAAUAUUUUUAUCCGACGGUCGCAACCAUUUACUCGCCUAUCCUAGAAAAAUUCGUAACGUUGUUUUCUCCAAGUUUACGUCCGUAUCUAAAAACUUGUCGGAUUCGGGGACAGAUGCCAAACAAUCAGUGGCUGGGCAGAGAAGGACGGCUAACGUCGAGCAAAGUCCUGGACUCCUGUCAUCCCUGAUUGGAGACACUUCAGUUACACAGCGUUGGGUGAGAGGAGAAAUCUCCAACUUUCAGUACCUCAUGCACAUGAAUACCCUCGCGGGACGGUCGUACAACGAUUUAAUGCAGUAUCCUGUCUUUCCCUGGAUUCUGGCCGAUUAUGAUUCCGACUUUAUCGAUUUGAAUGACAUCACGUCCUUCCGUGAUUUAAGUAAACCAAUGGGUGCACAAUCCUCUGGUAGGUUGGGCCAGUUUGUGAAACGAUACAAGGAAUGGGACGAUCCACACGGGGAGACUCCGCCAUAUCAUUAUGGAACUCAUUACUCCUCGGCGAUGAUUGUUUGUUCAUAUCUCGUUCGGAUGGAACCUUUUGCGCAACAUUUUCUUAGGCUACAGGGAGGACACUUUGACCUUGCGGACAGAAUGUUCCACUCUAUCAAGGAAGCAUGGACUUCUGCCUCUCGACACAACAUGGCCGAUGUAAAAGAGCUCAUCCCAGAAUUUUUCUAUCUCCCAGACUUCCUCAUGAACAACAAUAACUUUGAUCUGGGAAACAAACAGAACGGAGUUGCGUUGAACGAUGUGAUUCUGCCACCGUGGGCAAAGGGGGAUGCGCGAGAGUUUAUUCGGGUUAAUCGAAUGGCACUCGAGUCUGAUUACGUGUCAUCUCACUUGCACGAAUGGAUAGACUUGAUAUUCGGUUAUCGUCAGCAAGGUCCUCCCGCUGUAGAGGCGGUGAAUGUGUUUCAUCACUUGUUUUAUGAAGGAAAUGUGGAUAUCUAUUCGAUUGACGACCCCCUCGAAAAGAAUGCAACGAUCGGAUUUAUCAACAAUUUUGGCCAAAUUCCGAAACAACUAUUCAAGAAACCACACCCUAUUAAACGAGUGACAAACAAUUCCGGCUCUACAAGCUCAAUUGGUGGAAUGAGUCUUGGAAUUGGAAAACCGUACAAUUUAGGAAUUCUACAACUUGAUAAUUCUAACCCAAUUUCCGCUCUGGCCGCCACUGCGGGAGCACUUGCAGGUCACGCCCCGUCCGGGGAGAAAGUAUUUUUCCACCACAUCGGAAAUUUGAGACCAACACUUACGCCAGUGAAAGAGUUGAAGGGGCCGGUGGGUCAAAUUAUGGGGUUGGAAAAGCCAAACUGUGUCAUUGCCGUUGAGCAGAAUAAAUGUUUUCUGUCCGCGUCACGGUACAUCUCUUGGGGAUAUGCCGACUGUUCGGUGCGGGUUUGCCAUGCCGAGACGGAUCGUCCCCUGUUUGUGUGGGAGCAGCAACAACAACACUUGGCGAUGGGAAGCAUGGGGGAAAUUGUGUGUUGUUCAGCAUCAGACAAAUUAGUAGUGACAGGGUCGACCAAUACGGUCGUCUCCGUGUGGGACGUUUGCGAACGCGAAUUAAAACUGAAAUCUCACCUCUUUGGUCACUCCGAGUCCAUCACAUGUCUCGCCAUAUCCCCUUCGUACAACAUUAUCGUGUCCGGAUCGAAAGACAUGACCUGCAUCGUGUGGGACUUGGCACGACUCUCCUUCGUCCGCCAACUUGUUCCACAUUCUGCGCCAAUUGAUGCUGUCGGGGUGAAUGAGCUAACGGGAGACAUUGCGACCUGUUCUUCCUCCUGGUUGCAUCUCUGGUCUGUCAAUGGCGAGUUGAUUGGACGGAUUGACACUGCUGGAGUGGGGGGAGGGUCAGGGGGUGGCGUGAAUCAUGGCAUUCUCUGCGUCAGCUUUUCAAUCUUGAAUGAAUGGGAUAGUGAUAACGUGGUGAUGACGGGCUCGAUGGAUGGGAUCGUGAGGUCGUGGUCGAUCCGUUAUGUUCAAGGUCCCAUUCGGAAAAAAGCGAUAGGAGACAUAAUCAAAGGGAAAAGUUCGGAGGAUGAUGAAGAAGAUUCCUCCCUUAUCACGGAAGACUCAGACACGGAAGAAAUUAUUAAAGUUCCACCUUUCUCGGCUGAAGCGGAAACAGACGGGGCCGAAAAGGAUGGUGGCAGUCAUUUGGCGGUCGAAGUGUUCGAUCCGGACAAGGAUAGAGAUAGUUUGGAGGAUGUGCAUGAAGCUGUAAAAACAGAGGCGAACCUUAGCGACAAUGCUGGCGGACUGGUGGGAGGAGGAUCUAAUGAAGCAUUCGAGUCUGGGAAUGCUUCUCAGAUGCAGGUCCCCUCCAUUCAUUCGCCAGUUGUGAUACGAAGACAACGAAGGGAUCGAAUCCAUAGUUCAGACUCGGAUAAACAAGGGACGGGAGGAAAAAACGACGCGGAAAAUAAACGAGCCAAACGCCGCAGCGAGAUUCCUUCUUCUCUCGCUUCGAAGGAGACCGAAGCAGAAUUUCAACGACAACAACCAGAUCCACAAAAACAACAAAGAUCAUCAUUGAGAAUUCGAGGAUCUAAAAGCGAGACGAGUUUAUCUUUCGAAGACGAAAGUUUCGAAGUAGUGAGUGAGAGUGAGAUUGCUAGAAUGCGUCAUGAAGAGAGAAAAAUGAGUCAUGGAGCUGCUCUUUUGGAAGCUCAUAAACUUCGAGAGGGAUACGUUUGGGAGAGGAAGAUUAUAUUCCGUGGAAAAAUGACGAUGCAUACGGCGUAUGAUCGGAAAGAUAAUACUGAACCGGCCUCCAUUACGGCGAUCAGUGUGUCAAAAGAUCAUAAAAAUGUAUACGUUGGGGAUGCUCGAGGUCGAAUUUACUCUUGGUCCGUGUCAGAUACGAGUAGUGGUCAUCGGGCCGAUCACUGGGUGCGGGAUGAAAUAUCUGACGAAUGUGCUACUUGUCAGACCAAAUUCACGCUUACCGAUAGGAAACAUCACUGUCGAAACUGUGGACAGUUAUUUUGUGCAAAAUGUAGCAGAUUCGAAUCUGAAAUAUUCCGUAUGCGAAUUUUGAAACCCGUACGGGUUUGCGAGCCGUGUUUUAUCCAAUUGAAAGGACGCCUCACCUCAAUGGCGUCACUUUCGUCCUUUGACAAUUAAUUUAAACCUUUUAACCCUCAAACUAUGCACUAAAAAGAAGACGAAGGAAUGAAAUCAAAUCAAAUCAACCCACCAGUCUGAUAUUUAACGAUGCUACAUAUUAUCAAAGAAAAAAGAAGACAACAUAUAAAUGCACGAAGCUAAAAGAGUCAAUAUUAAUAUUAUAAAUCAAAGAUGAAUACCAAAUCUUUAAAAAGUCUUAAAUAUUUAGUCUAACAGAUAUAACGAGAAAAGAAAAUGAUAUAUGUAACAUUCCAUUAAUAAAAAAUAAGUGUAAUUUUUAAUGAAA